AUGCCCGUAGAUUCCAGGAAAGAGGAUCCGGAGAAAGACGUCCAGGCGAUGCAGGCUGGGACAGGUUUAUCACCGGCUGCUUCCAUUGCUUCAACCCCAUGUAGCGACUCUGCAACCCCCAAAAGCCUGAGCCCAUUAGAGGAGUCUCCAAUUGUGAGCCCCAUAUGCAUUGCUGACAAAGCACUGGUGUCUGCAUACCUGCAGGCCAAAGAGGAAGACCGGCCUCAACCAGAAGGAGCUAGCAGUGAGUCACAGCAUGGACAAGCCACUGGAAUCCUUCACCUGGCCACCGAGGCAGCAGAUAAGGCCCUGGUAUCUCAGGAGCAAGACUUAGAAGAGGCCACAGAACAUUGUCCUGCUGAGACCCCAACCCUGGACAUGCUCGAUACAAGAAUUGUAAUGGGGGAAGAGACUUCUUGUAGCAAUGAGGAAGCAGGGUCUGCCAACAGGGGGCACAACAUCAUAUCUGAGUAUGAGGAAGCUUCUGGGGACACCUUAGAUGAAGCAACAAUGCACUUACGUCACCGUAAAGCUGAAAUUUUGGAGGAGAAUUCAGAGCAGGAAAGUGACCAUGAAGCCAUUGAGUCUCUGGACGAUUUGCACUUUGAAUCUAAUGAAAUGUGUCAAGAGUACGUUUUGAAAGGUGGCUUAUUUUCUCAGGGUGAAGCCGUAGCUGAUGUGCCUUCCUUUCUCAAACCCACCAAAGAGUCACCCGGCAGCACUAGAGAGAACGAUAUUCAUUCAUUACAGAUCAACCCCGCAUGUAACGCAGAUUCAGAUCCAUACACUACGGCUCCUUCCACGCCAAUUAAAAGCAUCUACACCCAGUUUAAACAUUAUCCCGGUUCCAAACAUGCUUUACAUGAUGACCAGAUAGAUUUAGAAAAUGACAAUAUGUCAUCUCCCCCUACGUCACCAUCAGGAUCCUACGUCACUGCAGAAGGUGGUAGUUGGGCCUCAUCUGCCACUUCUAGUGGUUCACCAUCAUAUUCUCCAAAUUUGAUGGGAGAAGGUGAAACUGUUGAAUCUCCCAGCCCUUACCCAGACAACCUAAUGACUCAUGAAGAAAGUAUUUCUGAGGACCCAUGCUGUAUGUCCCCAGAUAUACUUGAAGAUGAAGAUAUUCCAGAACUUUACGACCGUGACAUAGAUCAAGAUGACUUCUCUCCAGAAAAUGAGGAGCUCCUGGAUGGGUAUCCUAGUGAAGAACAGUCCAGUGAUGAAGAUGAAUGGGAGACAGAUUUUGCACCAUCUUUUACUAGCAUCCCUUUAUGUCCUGAAUUUAUUAACGCUGGUACCACCUUUGUGCAUGAGGCACCACAGCAGGCAAGUUGUUCUUCAGAUGCAGAUGGUGUACUACAAUCCGCAAACCCAGAUAUAACAUCUGCAGAACUAUCAAGGGCUAGCAUGCCAGGUCCUGAAAAUGAUCACAUGAUUCCUGCUUUUAUGCUGCCAUUUCGGGGCAGUUUGAUUUUUGAAGCAGAGUCCAUGGAGAUAACACUGUUCCCUCAAGGAGAGUCGGUGGAAACUGAAGUCGUCUGUGGGGAAGGAGAAGAAGAAGAAGAGGAGGAUGACAAUGAAGAUAGCACCUCAGCUUCCUAUCUGCAUUCCUUAUCUGAAACUUCUAUUAAUGAAGGAGUGGAUGAAUCGUUUGCCUAUCAAGACGACACAUCGGAGUCAUCAGAUUCAGCAUCAUAUGAUGGGGAUGAAGAUGAGAAAAGGUACAGCACGGAGCAGUAUGCUGUAACAACUGAUUCUGCACCCCAUGCCACUGAAGCUUCAGGAAAAUCCCAACAUGACUCGUCCAAUUCAGGAUGCGAGAGUGAGAUGGAAACCUCUUCUGACAUGUCGGGAGACUGACGAGGAGUGUGCUGUUUUUGCAGCUCUUGACAUCAACUGUGGAGAUGCAGGUGAUAAUGUGGAAAAAAUCGUAGAGGUAACAUCUGCCGUGAAUGAAGAUUCUGUCACAAAUGAGGAUGAAGAAGAAUUAAAUAGUGAUGAGGAACAUGGUGAUAGCGUUGCACCAUAUCCGUUAGCACAAGAUUUUCCACUCUCAGAGUCUAAGGAGACUUGUACUAUUCAGGACAGUUCAAGUGAACUUGAAGACUCUAGCACCAGCAAUGCACCUCAAGAACCCAUCAGAAGCACCUUAGUUGUCACUUCAGAAGCUGAGCCACAUUUUGCAAGUCCAGAGGCAUCACAGAGACUAGAAGAAAGACAUGGAGCUAUUAGGACCUGGUCUGACAGCCCAGUAGAACAACAGUCCACCUCUUCAUCAGAAAUAGACCUGGUUCUUAAAGCGGGGAUUGGGAAUGUUGGGGAAUGUCUGAUGGCUUGUUUCGACACCGAUGAAGAGCUCGAUUCUCUUCCACCAUUAAACACCACUCUGCAAAGUCUAAAAGACGAAGGCAGAGAAAGUGAUGAAAGCGGAAGGCAGACAUCCAUGGAGGUGAGGCUAGCUGAAGAUGGGAAUUAUUUUGCAGAUCAGCGUGAAGUGUAUGAAGAAGAUCUUGGGAAGCUACCGUCACAGCCAGAAGAAAAUGCAACAAGCACCCACUUCACUGUGGACUCUGAUGACUUAGAAGAAUGCAAGAAGAACGUAAAGACCAUGGUAUUAGAUACUCAAGGCACAAUCUCUGAGACUGAGAUGUUAAAAGAUGCCCCUUUAGAAGACAUGCCUGAGGAAGUGUGUGUGUUUGCAUGUUAUGACUCUGGGGAAGACCCAGAAGAUGUCAUGUUUCUGGAUCGCUCAUCCCUCCUUGCUGAGAUUUACAGACAACAAGAAGAAGCUGCUAAUUACAUUUCAAAUCAGACAUCUUAUAUGAAUGAUUUAAAGGAUCAGCAAGAAGUACAGGCAGAAGAUACAAAUGCAGAUGAAAGCACCACAGAAGCAAGUUCUGAGGCAACUAGCACUUUACAUACCAGUGCCAAGGUCCAUGAAAAAUAUCAUGAUACCAAUCAGUUUUCAAUACAAGAAGUUACUGGUGAAACCGAGGUGGAAACAUUGUUGGUUUAUAAGAUGUAUAAAGAAGACACUUUUGUUUCCAUUAGUGGUGAGAAACAUUCUAAAUCAAGUGAAGGCAAUGCUCCAUUGAGGGACCGCCUGGAACAAAACCGACUAAACUGGUUAGAGUCAACCAACGAAAAUAUGUCUAAAACCAAAAUUAAAGAAGUAGACAAAACUCCAUCCACACAAACACAACCUUUAACUUCUCUGUCAGCUAGUCCUGAAGAUCAAGUAACAGAGUCUUUUGAAUCCUGGAGAUGUAACAAACAUGAAGAGGCAACAGCCCAAACAAUUAGUGAAGUUCAAGGCACUCUUGAGAAAUGCCCCUAUUUCUUACAGCCUGACAUUCCGACCAGUGAUGCAUCUACCAUAGGCCUUCUACAACAUCAGAUACAGGAAACAUUUUCUGUAGAGAAUGAAGAUUCCACAAAAUUGGAAACUGAUGAGUCCAAAGAUGAAGAUAACUGUCCUGUUUGUAAAGAACCACAAGACCAGGAGAGUGUCCUCCAUUGUGACAACCCCAAAUUACAGCAAGAAGAUUCCUUGGACUCUGAGCUCAAGAACAAGUCAGUGCAUGAAAGUCAUUUGGAGAUAAUUAGUGAAAAGUGGGUGCCGACUAUUACCCAAUCAGAACACAAGUUGGAUACAACAAAACACAGUCAGCUCAGUGAUGGAUAUUUUGCCAGUUGUACCAGGGCUAGUGAAGCUGUUAGCGUAGAAAGCACGUUUAUGAUCCUUCAGAACCAAGAACCCAGUAUUAAAAAGGAUUUGGAUAAUUUAGAUGAAAGACAGCCAACCCAAAGAGAUUUAUUUCCUAGUUGUACUUCUAUACAAACAAAUGCACCUUUCACCGGACAGUUAGUAGAAAAGGAGCUGCUUGCAAUGAUAAAACCCAUAAAAACCACCCCUUCUAGAGAUGCCAAAGACUCUAUAGAUCCAUCAGAGAUCCAUGAAUCCCAAACGCGUCUUAAACGCAGUGUAGAUAAAAACCUUUGUGCUGCUUCUGAAUUGGAUACUAAUUCCAAUGAUUCCUUGCCUGAGAUGGUUGAUAGGUCAAAGGAAGACAUUGCUAAAACCCCAGAAGAAUCCCCAGAGUUGGUGGAUACAGAGCCUACGUCAUCUAGCAUCUCAGUACGUGAUGUCCAUCCACGAUCUGAUAGUGCCUUCAUUGAUGUAGCUUCUAAGCCACGUAUGCCUAAAGUGGAGAUGUCCAGUGACAUUCUAGAGAUGAGCAAGUUGCUUCAAGGUUCCUUUGGUAAAACAGAGACUUUUGAUCAAAGCAUUCGGUGUAGUCCUUCAGAAACAAUCACAAGCGUGCCCUCAGUAGUCAAGCUUGUAGACAAUGAUGAGACAUCCAAGGUCAAGGAUGGAGAGUCUUCUGCACAGGAUAAUAUUAGUACUGUAAAGAAAAAGCAAGACGAUGUUGAAGGAUGUCCAGACAAGCCUGCAAUCUCUGAAUUAACAUCACGUGAGAAAAUUACUUCUACAGCAUCUAGCUCUGAGAAGAAUCUUUUAGGAAGAGCCUCCACGUCCUUCAUGAGUGGUAAUACUUCUUCUGAGAAAGAUCAUACUCAAGAGAGACUUAAUGCUCAUCAGAAGCCAGUAGAGAACAUUUGCUGUGUCAAUGAGCCAUCGUUACGUGAAUCCCUUAGGCAGUCUAAGGUGUAUAGCAGAGAACAGGACAGAUGUGUAAAUAGCAGUUAUUUGAGGGAUGUGAGGACUUCCAAGAAGUCCCAAGUAGAGCAGUUUAGCAGCAAGGUGAAUUACCAGGUCAAGCUGUCGGAAAUGGACAAUGAGUGCCCCCUUUCCAUGCAUGUAACCCCCCAUGCUGAAGCUGCAAUGCCCCCUGCUGAAAAUAAUCUGGACACAAAAAAGCCCCGCUCCCCUGUAAGUAAAGUGCCUCCUGCAAAAUCUCUUACCCCCAUGCCUGGUGAAAGUCUUCAUGACCAAAAAGUGGUCAGACCUCUGGCUGCCUCUGAAAUGCUGGGGACCAAGAAGCUUUCUUCCGCGGUUCCAGAAAGCAGCUCUAUUGCCACCAUGCAAAGCACAGAGACCCCGAUGACUAGCCGGUGCACACGCUCCAUUCCACUCCAAGAGAAAGUGGGAAAGAAAAUCCAACUGACCUGCCCUCCAUCUGAGCCCAGUUCAUCCAGUGACAGUGAGCUGACCUCCCGGGGCCAAGAGAUGCCUCUCCUAAGGGACACAUCCGACGUGACACUUCUGGGCAUCACCAAACCGCUCCUGAGGCAGCGUGGCUGUGAAAUGCUUAGUCAUAGAGGCUCUUGUAAUGACACGGAAAGCAAUGAUGACUCCCUCCCUGAACUGGAGGAGCCAGACAUGAGUGAGCCCAGGACAUCGUCCAGCCAGAACCAGCUGACUCACUGUGUGGGUUCCGGAGAGGAAUGCGUCAGCAAAGCCAAGCAGAGCCGGAGCGAGAAGAAGGCCAGAAAGGCCAUGUCCAAGCUUGGUCUCCGGCAGAUACACGGCGUCACCAGGAUCACCAUACGGAAAUCCAAGAACAUCCUGUUUGUCAUCACCAAGCCGGACGUGUUCAAGAGUCCAGCGUCUGACAUCUAUAUCGUAUUUGGAGAAGCCAAGAUUGAAGACCUAUCACAGCAAGUUCACAAAGCAGCCGCUGAGAAGUUCAAAGUCCCAAUGGAACAUUCCCCGCUGAUUACUGAGACCGCUCCAACGCUGACCAUCAAAGAGGAAAGUGAGGAUGAGGAGGAGGUUGACGAGACCGGAUUAGAAGUAAGAGACAUCGAGCUGGUGAUGGCGCAGGCCAACGUUUCCCGGGCGAAGGCGGUGCGGGCGCUCCGGCACAACAACAACGAUAUUGUAAAUGCCAUCAUGGUAAGGACUCUCUGG